AUGGUGACCCCCUGCCCCACCAGCCCCGUGAGCCCCGCUGCCCGGGCUGGGAGGCGGGACGACCAGAACCUCCGUGCCCCGGUGAAGAAGAGCAGGCGCCCACGCCUCCGGAGGAAGCAGCCGCUGCAGCCGCUGAACCCGUGCCCGCUACCCGGAGACUCUGGCGUCUGCGACCUGUUCGAGUCCCCCAGCUCCGGCUCGGAUGGCGCAGACAGCCCCGCGGCGCGAGGCUGCAGCCCCCUACCCGGUCCUGCCCAGCAGCUGGUGCAGCUAGAUCUACAGACCUUCCGCGACUACGGUCAGAGCUGCUACGCCUUCCGCAAGGCGCGGGAAAGCCACUACCACCCGCGGGAGUCAUUGGCGCGGCAGCCACAAGUAACGGCGGAAUCCCGCUGUAAGCUGCUCAGCUGGCUAAUCCCCGUGCACCGCCAGUUCGGCCUCUCCUUCGAGUCGCUGUGCCUGACGGUGAACACUCUGGACCGCUUCCUUAUCACCACGCCUGUGGCUGCAGACUGCUUCCAGCUGCUCGGGGUCACGUCCCUGCUCAUCGCUUGCAAACAGGUGGAGGUGCACCCGCCGCGCGUGAAGCAGCUCCUGGCCCUGUGCUGCGGCGCCUUCUCCCGGCAGCAGCUCUGCAACCUCGAGUGCAUCGUGCUGCACAAACUGCACUUCAGCCUGGGCGCGCCGACCAUCAGCUUCUUCCUGGAGCAUUUCACGCACGCACGCGUGGAGGCCGGGCAGGCAGAGGUCUCCGAAGCCCUGGAAGCGCAAGCCCUGGCGCGCGGGGUGGCGGAGCUGAGCCUGGCUGACUACGCUUUCACCAGCUACACCCCCUCCCUGCUGGCCAUCUGUUGCCUGGCGCUGGCAGACCGUAUGCUGCAGCUCCCUCGCCCGAUGGACUUGCGCCUGGGCGGGCACCCCGAGGCGGCGCUGCAGGACUGCCUGGGCAAGCUGCAGCUACUGGUGGCCAUAAACAGAACGUCCCUGACUCACAUGCUGCCCCUCCAGAUCUGCGAGAAGUGCAGCCUGUCCCCGAGCUUGAAAUAA